CGGGAGCUCCUCCGCGCCUCCCGUCGCCACCCCCACGGUCCUUGAUUUGGGGACACCUCCUUGCCCCCCUCCUUGUCCAGCCCCGCCGCAAACGUGCUGGUCGGUGCCCAGUGGCGCUCGCCUAUGCCGGGUCGGGAGCUGGGGCUGAGGCCUCAGGCCGCCGGGAGACCCCGCCGGCGGGGCCCAGCGACGAGUUCCCCCCCACUCCGCGCUGGGCCCUCGCCCCGUGGUCCUCGGGCCCAGCCCGGUGAGAGGGCAGGGAGUGGCGGCCACGCUCGCACAGGGCAGUGGCAAAGGGCUGUGCCUGACCUGCGAGGAAGGUCACGGCACUGGGAGCUAUCAGCAAAGCCCUGGCCCGUUGGUGUUGGAUACAUUUUGGGCUCCUCACUACAUAAAGCACACUGAGGUGCUGGAGUGUGUCUGGAGACAGGCAAUGGAGCUGGUGAAGGGUCUGGAGCGCAAGUCUGAUGAGACAUGGCUGAGGGACCUGUGCAUGUUUAGCCUGGAGAAGAGGAGACUGAGAGGAGACAUGGUCCCACUCUACAACUACCUGAAAAAAGGGACUUUGGAAUAAGCAGUUUCAAGCCAAGAGGUUCCACUCAACCAAAACAAUGUUUGCAGACUUGGACUAUGAUAUCGAGGAAGAUAAACUGGGGAUUCCCACUGUACCUGGGACAGUGACCCUAAAAAAGGAUUCUCAGAACCUGAUUGGCAUCAGCAUCGGGGGAGGAGCACAGUACUGCCCCUGUCUCUACAUUGUCCAGGUAUUUGAUAACACUCCAGCAGCCUUAGAUGGCACCGUGGCCGCUGGUGAUGAAAUCACAGGGGUGAACGGGAAGUCUGUCAAAGGGAAGACCAAGGUGGAGGUGGCCAAGAUGAUACAGAUGGUAAAGGGAGAAGUGACGAUUCACUACAACAAGCUGCAGGCUGACCCAAAGCAGGGCAAGUCAUUGGAUAUCGUAUUGAAGAAGGUGAAGCAUCGACUGGUAGAGAACAUGAGCUCGGGGACAGCAGAUGCCCUGGGAUUAAGCCGAGCCAUCCUUUGCAAUGAUGGACUAGUGAAGAGAUUAGAGGAGCUGGAGAGGACUGCGGAGUUAUACAAAGGCUUGACAGAGCACACAAAGAGUCUUCUCAGGGCUUUCUUUGAGCUAUCCCAAACACACAGAGCAUUUGGAGACGUUUUCUCUGUGAUUGGGGUUCGGGAGCCACAACCAACUGCCAGCGAAGCCUUUGUGAAGUUUGCUGACGCCCAUCGCAGCAUUGAGAAGUUUGGGAUUCACCUUCUGAAAACUAUUAAACCGAUGCUGACUGACUUGAAUACCUAUCUGAAUAAAGCCAUUCCUGACACAAGACUGACUAUCAAGAAAUACCUGGAUGUCAAGUUUGAAUAUUUGUCUUACUGCCUGAAGGUCAAAGAGAUGGAUGAUGAAGAGUACAGCUGCAUUGCUCUGGGUGAGCCCCUGUACCGGGUGAGCACUGGGAACUACGAGUACCGCCUUAUCCUGCGUUGCCGACAGGAGGCUCGCACGCGCUUCGCCAAGAUGAGGAAGGACGUGCUGGAGAAAAUAGAGCUCCUGGACCAGAAACACGUGCAGGACAUCGUGUUCCAGCUCCAGCGUUUUGUCUCCACGAUGUCCAAGUACUACGACGACUGCUACGCCGUGCUGCGAGACGCUGACGUCUUCCCCAUUGAGGUGGACCUUGCCCGCACUACUCUCAGCUGUGGGCAGAAGGACACGUACACGGACGGGGCAGAGGAAGAAGAAGAAGAAGGAGGAGGAGGAGGAGCAAGUGAGAGAGAUGGUAGCGGGAAGGAAGAUGCAAACGGUGAGAAGCUCAUUGAUGAUGCCUGAAUGUGUUACCGUGGCCAGAGGAAAGACUUUGCAGACUGUUACCAAGAAACCUGUAUUUCACAUGGUGAUUCAUCCUCCUGGUGAUUUCUGUGUUAUGUCCAGCCUGGGAUUCCUCCUCUGCUUUGGGUGGGGAUUGCUGGUUGGAUUGGGACCAACCUCUGCUUUCCCCUCUCUUCCCUUGCUUGUUUGCCUGGAUCGUCCUUUUUCUCCCAGAGACUUUUUGUCCCCAACUCAGGUACUGAGGCAUGGGGACGAGAGUCCCUGCUGUGUGACUGCAGGGAUGGGACGCUGCUGAGCGUCUCCUCUGAUACCUGGAAGCCGCUUAAAACAUCUGGACAUGGUUACCAACGGUGAGAACAGCCCCUUUGUGUCCUCCCCUUGUGCUGUGGGAAAGUGUUAGCACCAGCAUUGUUCUCCUCACCCCACUGCUCCCUCUCACCAAGCCUCCCAUUCUCUGGCCUACUUUAAGCUUCCUUCAUCUGCUCCAACUGUCCUCAGGGCUGUAAGACAGGUUUGGGUCAGAGGAUCUCUCCCAGCUCUCAAUCCCAGCAGGGGCUGUUGCAGUAGGCUGCUGCCAUCCCACCUCGGGCAUGCAGAAGUCUUUUUCCCCUGGCUGCCAUCCUCCCCACAGUCUAUGAGCUCCUGCACAGCUACACCCCAGGGCUAGAAUCCUGUGGGAAGGAGCCCUCCCUCUCGGCAGAGAGUAGGAUGGCUGUGCCAGGCAGGUGCCUGGGAGCAGCAGCACAGCUGCACACGUUUCCUUGCCAUCAUUCUCCUCUCUUGGGGCUCCUUGCAAUGGACAGUGGCCAGAGGUGCCUCUAAAGGAUGGACAGACAGUCCUGCACCCUUGUGCAGCUGAGCCUCUCUGAGAACCACAAAGGAAAUAGCCUGUCCUUAAACUAAAGAGGAGAGACAGGAAGCCAUCUGGGGAGAGGCAGACGUGUCCUGUGGGCAGGGGCUUUCAGAUUUUCUAGUGCAAAGUGUGGAUAAUGGCAUUGCCACCCCCUGAUCUCCUCUCUUUACAACCAUUUUGUGCUGCCUCUGGGCCAGCCAGCAGCAGCAGCUAAUGUCUUGUUCCCCAGCACAAGGGAAGUGGGUAGUGGAAAGGGAAAACCAAGGUAAGUGAGGCUGCUUCUCUCCUUCCUUUCCCCUUUCCCUGUGGGCUGAUCCCAGAUCCAGAUGGCACUUUCCCUUGGUGCCAGGAGUGCCGUGCCUCUCAGAGGCAAGGGUUUUGGCUGCUCUGUCGUUACAUUUUAGUGGUAGUGAGAGGAGUUAUUGAAGGGCAUUAAUUUAUGAUCAAGAUGUUUUGAUUCUUUUUGAUUUGUUUUUUUGAGUUUUGUUGUCUCUGUGGGUGCCUGGAAGCCAUCCAUGGCCAGGCUGCCCUGGAAGAUUUAAACAGACUCUGAUGUGCUGACUGUUGUCUCUAAUAUAAAGAAAAAAU